AUGUCUUUAUUAACAUUGAAACAUAUAUUUGGUGUGAAAACUUCGCAUCGAAAUAGUAUUGAAUACUUAAAUGAAUACUGUUAUGUGUAUCCGUCCAAUCGACAUAUCAUAUUCUACAAUAAAGAAUAUAAAAAUGAAUAUUUUAUUGAUUUUGAAAAUGAAAAUGAUCAGUUCGAAUGUUUAUUAAUAAGUCCAAAUAAAGAAUAUUUGUCAAUUGGUUUUAGUAAUCUGAAUAAAUCUCGAAUUAUUCUUUACAAGAUUAAUCAAAUAAUCAAAUCUCCUCCAAUUAAAUUGAAAACAUUUUCAUUAAAGAAUUCCCAUCAAAUCAAUUCUGUUUGUUUUUCCUCGAAUUCCAAAUAUCUUUUAGUACUCUCAGGAACAUCCGAGCACGUGCUCACUUGUUGGUCAAUUCCACAGUCACGAUCGAUUGGAACGAUCAAUAUUCACAUCAAUUCAUCCACCAAUCCACUUCAUUUACAAAUAUCAUUCAAUCCGAUUAAUUCAUCGAAUAUUUUAAUCAGUGGAAAUGAUUUUGUUGAAGAAUUUCAUUUAAACAAUGGAACGAUCUCCCGAAUUUUUCGGGAAGAAUUCUCUCGAUAUUCUUCUUCAAAGAUCACUGCACACUGUUGGUUGAACGAAAGUCACAUGUUGAUCGCAUUUGAAAAUGGUUUUCUUUGUAUUUUAAAUAAGGAUCGGCAGAUUAUUCAACAAUAUUAUGUAAAUGGUUUGUUGGAUUCGGUCGAAACUAAACGAAAAAAAUCGAAAGGAAAUUUAGUGAAAAGUAAAUCUUCGUUCUAUUUAUCGUCAUCAUUAUCCAUCCCAUCAAAACGAUCUUCAUUGUCUCUGAUUAAUCUUCAUGACCAUUCAAGAAGAAACUCUUUUCGAUAUUUAAAUGUCCUUACUGAUGACUAUCUUCAUAAAAAUCAUUCGUCUCGAAUAAUUUCCUUAUUAUCUUUCCCUCGUGGUGUUUUUGUCUCAACAUCAAAAGGGGAAGUUUUAGUCUAUGAAAGAAAUGAAAAUCAUAUUGAAUUGAAUUAUCUCCGAAGAUUUCUUUUACCUUCAUCUUCUGUGAACGAUUCAACAAAUGAAUUUAUACAUUCAUUAUCUUUGAAUCCCAAUGAGGAAAUGUUAUUAGUGGCGACAAAUCGAAAUCAUUUAUAUGAAAUUGACUUAUCUAAAAUGGAUUAUCGAAGGAAAGAAGAGAUAAUCAAUUCCAAUAGUCUUCAUGAUGCUCAUUCAGGAUCGAUUAUUGAUGGAGUUUUAUCAUUGUCAAAAUCUUUACUAUUUACAAUUGGUUCUGAUCGAUCAAUUCAAAUUUGGAAUUAUCAAACAAACAUCGAAGAAUUCAAAUAUGAAUUUCCAAUUGAACCAAUAAUGAUGAGUGUUCAUCCAAAUGGAAUCUUUAUUUGUUUAGGAUUUUUCGAUCAAAUUCAAAUUUCUUUUUAUACAAAUGAAAACUUCAUUCUAUUUAAACAAUUUCAAUUAUUUAAUGUUCAAUGUGUAAAUUGA